GCAUCUGCCAGCAAACACACUGCUCUCCCACGCUCUCGCCUUUAGCAGCAGCAGCCAACUUCUUUCACUGACCACCAGUCGUGCCUCGGUGCCAUUAACUAGCGACAAUGCAGUACGCGGCGGCUGAGCAGGCGUGGUACAAGCCGACGGCGGCGAUGGCAGAGAGCGCGGUGGCGCGCGUGGAGCGCCUGGCGUCGGAGAGCGCGGUGGUGGUGUUCAGCGUGAGCAGCUGCUGCAUGUGCCACGCCGUGAAGCGGCUCUUCUGCGGCAUGGGCGUGCACCCGACGGUGCACGAGCUGGACCUCGACCCGCGCGGGCGCGAGCUCGAGCGCGCCCUCGCCCGCCUCCUCGGCUACGGCCACGCCGGCGCGCCCGUCGUCCCCGUCGUCUUCAUCGGCGGCAAGCUCGUCGGCGCUAUGGACCGCGUCAUGGCCGCGCACAUCAACGGCUCGCUCGUCCCGCUCCUCAAGGAAGCCGGCGCGCUCUGGCUCUAAGCCAAGCCGCGCGCCAUGCAUCGCCCUUGCUGCCUGCUAGCUCGUGACUAGAAGCCAUAGGUGUAGCUUCCGCUGUUGUUCCUUGCUUGUUGUUGCAGAACUACUUGAUGUCACUUGUUGCUAAUUUAUCAAACUAAGGUGAUAGGAUACAUGCAUCGACAGGCUGAUAGUAGACGAGUGAGCUGAGUGUAUGAGCGUGUGCAAGAGAGAGGCUGGUACCGUGUGUGCUUUUUAUUCACUACUACUGCCUCCGUCCGUGUCUGUGUGGCGUGCCGGCGCGUGCAUGUGGUGCUUGACGCAUGCGCUGGAUUUGCUUGCUUUGGUGCUACACUGCUACUGCUGUUCAAUUUG